GGGAUUGUCUUUACUGUUAACCGGACUGGUUUGGCUUGUUACACGCCCUCUAAGGCAGAGCAUGUAUCUCAUUCACUGACAGAAUCACGGAGGUUUUUAUUUUUAAAGGACUGUGGGAACAGCCGCCAAUUUGUUGCGCCGUGACUGAAAAACUUCACAGGAUGAGCGAACGGGAGGACGCAAUAUUUAAAACUACCGGUUGCAAGUGGCUGCUGCCAGUCAGUGGAUACUUGGGCUUAUCUCUGGACCAGGUGAACUUCCUGGCCUGCCAGCUGUUUGCUUUGCUUGCUGCCUUCUGGUUUCGUCUCUACCUCAGUCCUAACCAUGCGAGCCCCAUGGUCCGGCAUGCUGUCGCCACGCUCCUAGGAAUCGCUUUUCUCCUCUUCUGCUUCGGAUGGUAUUCUACCCAUAUCCUCGCUGUGGUGGCUGUUAACUAUUUUCUCAUCAUUAAAGCUGACAUCAACAAUGUACACAGGUACUCCAUGGUGACCGCUAUGGGCUAUCUGACAGCGUGCCACGUGAGCAGAGUCUUCAUCUACAGCUACGGCAUACUUUCCACGGACUUCUCCGGACCUCUGAUGAUUGUAACCCAGAAGAUAACCAUGCUGGCUUUCCAUCUACACGACGGGAUGUGUAAGAAAAGUGAACAGCUGACAUUGGAGCAGAAGCAUGUGGCUAUACGUGUGAGGCCGACUCUUAUCGAGUAUCUGAGUUACAAUCUGAACUUCCUGAGUGUCUUGGUCGGGCCCUGCAGCAACUACAAGGACUACAUCGAUUUCAUAGAGGGCAAACACAUCAGCUGGAGGCUAAAGCAGCACUCUGGAACAUGUAACGGGCAAAAUGGUUAUGACAAGACGCCCGACCCAUCUCCUCUUAACGCUGUCUGUCGAAAGCUGCUGGUCUGCUGCGGCUGCAUGUUCUUCUUCCUCGUCAUCACUCGGUCGUUGCCGAUUACUUACAACGUAGACGACCACUUUGUUGGCCACGCCUCCUUCCUCAGCAGGCUCACCUACGCAUUCUUCUCCAUACAAGCAGCGAGACCCAAGUUCUUCUUUGCCUGGACGCUUGCUGAUGCAGUAAACAAUGCAGCAGGUUAUGGUUUCCUGGGGAUGGAUGGGAGUGGAAAACCCUGCUGGGAUCUCGUCUCCAAUCUCAACAUCAUAGGGAUUGAGACAGCAACCAGCUUUAAGACCUUCAUAGACAACUGGAAUAUUCAAACAGGGAUUUGGCUCAAAACGGUGUGUUAUGACCGAGCUGCCAAACACCGCUUGGCAUUGACUUUCAUCCUGUCUGCCUUGUGGCACGGUGUUUAUCCAGGCUACUACUUCACCUUCAUCACUGCUAUUCCCAUUACCAUAGCAGCAAGGGCUAUACGGAGGUCUAUUAGGCACUACUUCAUCGGCUCCAGACUCCUGAAGCUCGGUUAUGACAUUGUAACUUGGGCAGCGACCCAACUAGCCAUCUGCUACACUGUCAUGCCUUUUCUCCUCCUUUCAGUAGAACACACUAUAGUUUACUACAGAUCUAUGUACUUCCACGUCCACAUCAUCAGUAUUCUGGCUGCAGUCGUCCUGCAUCAGAAACAUAAACCCAGAGAACCCUCUGCCACCAACAAACCGUCUCCCCCCGCCUCCUCCUCUUCCUCAGCAGCUGCGUGCUCAGCUCAGUGCCAGCCUGUUCACUCCAACAAUAACGGCAAAGUAAACUGAAAGUCUCGUCCUCACGAGGUUUUUUUUAACCAGGCUCGGAUCUUCCUGGGAGUGUGUUCUGCCUGCUCAAAGUGUGAAAAGUAUAUGCUAUUUAUUAUUUUUGCUGCAAUACAGACGAUUGAGGCUGCAUCCCUGAUGUACGCAAUAAGACCCUUCAGCCAUGUUGGAGGACUGGGAGAAGCUCGGAGACCGUAAGGGCAAAGCGAAAGCUGAAGGAAUAUUUCUCCGAUGCCACCUCUGCCACAGCGACUGCCUUCCCUCCCGAAUCCUCCUGCCCUCUCCACCCACCUCGACACCAGCGCGCCUACUUCAACCGCAAAAACACAGAGGUGGAAAGAGAAACGGAGCUCUCUUUCCUCUCCGUCCUUUCUAUCCCUCCAUCCCCCUUCGACUGGUGGGACGGGAGCCAGCGCAGUGGGAGAGUGGCAAAUACCAGAACCCCUCACACACACACAGACUCAUCUAUAAAUGAACACGAGGAAGCAAAUAUGCACAUGCUCCUCCGACAUGCUUGCACUCGGUCACACUCUGAAGGCACACAAAGGCCGCCCUUGUGAGUUCACAAAAGAGCGUGCAAAGAGGGCAACAGGGCUGUGGCCGCUACGCCUACUUUACUUUACCCAGAAGAUGUUGUAGAUUUGUGAGUGUGAGUGAAUGGCGAUUUGGCCAAAGUCACAUGCCAACAGCUUCUGUCAGCGACAAUGUGGGUCAGUAUUACUCUCACUGCCUAUAGACUGGGAUGAAAACUACAGGAAAUACUCAAUGCAACACAAUUCUGUAUGUAAGUCGGUAAAUCAGGAACUUGGGGAUUUUUUGUUGUCGCAGCAAACAUGACUGGAAAAGUUGAUGCAUAUCUGAAACAGGAGAUUUAAUUGUGAAUCACUAGGUUAAUGAAUGUGAUUUAUCCCUUUAGGUUGCAUCUCUUUCUGUUCAGAAGUAGUGUGAAUUUAGUAGUGACAUCGUUCUUAACGUGCCUAUCAUGCGUUCGGGGCUGGAUACCUGUAACUAUGAUAGAAAGGAACUGGAUAGAAAGUUGGGUUAAACUAGAAGAGACGUGCUAAGACUUUUUAUGGCCAGGCUGUAAACACUGGGCUCCAAGAAAUGGACAAUACGGAAAAGAGGACAGUUUGCUUUUAAACUGAUUUUCCCUGGUAGGACAUGCCAAUUGAACAGAGACAUCUGGUGGCUGGUGGCACCAUCUAGUCUGAUCUUAAUUAAACAGUAAGAGGAUUUUAGCUGAAACGGACGAAGCACAGUUCUUUAAGCACACUUCACCUGCUAGGAAUCCUAAAAAUGUGUAAUUCUUAAAUUAAUGUUCGAUUUGUUUGAGUUCUGCUUCCACUUUGGCACAUUUGAAACCUCAGUUUGUGUUUUGAUCACAGAGGAGUUAUGAGUUUGGCACUGGGGAUGUGUUUGGUCCUAGUAGAUCUCUGUAUGACUAAAACAAAAGUGCCUUAUUCCUGCUAUAUGGGAACUCUUUUAUGACGCAAUUUGCUUUUGAACAACUUUUUACCCCUUUGGGCAGAUGUGCAUUGUGGUUGUCCUUGUUUUUGCCUGGUUUAAUGACUGAUUUUCCCUUCUUACCCCCCUUUAUGUAUACAUCUUUAGAGCCGAGGACUGAAAAUUGAUGUGUGUUUCUAAGCAUCCUGUUUCCAGUAAGAAUGAUCCGGACAGGUCCCUCUUUCCGCCGCCCAGUAAAAUCAAUGAUGCAGGGAAUCAUGGAAAUUCUGGGGCGGGAUAAAAUUUGAACAGUCUAGCACGAUUCAUCCCUGGUGUCAGCAGCAAGCAGUGGGAGCCAACUCUCUGCUUCCUGCACUUUCAUGAAGCAAUAGAAAACGUGUUUGAGGUGUGACAGACAGGUUUUAUAUAUUAUUUUUUAAUCUGGUGAAACUCCUCCUCUCUAAUGCUCUGCUCUCUGCUCCAAUCAAAUCAAGAUUUGCAUUAAAAGAAUAAACAAACCCUGCAGGGGAAAUAUAUUCAACAUUUUUAACUAAGGUUUAAAAGUAAUGGCUGAAGAAAAAAAAUCUAUUCGGUUUCUUAUUAAAUGUCUUUGGUAUAUUAAUAGUAAUGAUAAUAACAAUAUUGAUUAUGUUAACCUUUAAAUGCACAUCAGUGCCCCGGACAGUUUAUGAUGACUACCGAUUGUGGUUUUCUGUGAGAGUUUUUAAUAUUUAGACGUUGGUCUGGUGAUACAGUGUUAAAGGCUGAUUGCAUGCAGACUCAUUUGAGAAAUGCCGGGCAUGUAAGAUGAAGCUUUCCCCGAGCAUGGCAACCAUUAUGUUUAUUGUUGCUAAAAAUGACACCGUGCUGUUUUGUCUACAUGUGGGUGAAGCAAGACUGGAGCAGGGAAAGGUGUGGCACAUAUACAAUAUGAGUGCGUUGUCAGAAUGAGCAGCUAUUUGAAUGAUUUAACACUGUUAAUGAAGAUCUGUUUUGUUUGCAGACUUCUUAUCUGUAUGCACUGACUGUCUGUCGAUUGGUUUUAUUUUCUCAUGGCGCCGCUGCUCCAUUUUAGUAUUGUUUGUUUAGAGGAGAGUGAGUGGUUAAACAUUAUUCUUAAAGUGAAAUAAAGUUUCAGUGAACAACGAUGAAAAUAAGCAUCAUUUUGUAUCGUCUCUAUUUCAGCACAAAGUCGAAAUCCUCUCCACGCAUUGCUUCUCCCAAGCCGGUAGCCUCCCAUGAUAUCCUCAGGGUGGCUCCCUCCCCGUCCCUUGUGUCGCUUCUCUUUCCCUCUUUGAAACUGUCUUGGGUAGGUGUGUGUGUGAGUGGGCAUGUGUGUGCUGUGUUUUGAUCUUCCCUGCGCUUAUAGAAAUCUCAAAACGACCAGAGAACACACAGAGGAGUAAUCACAACAACAAACAUGAUCAUUUCGUUUUAAAACUGCUGCAUUACAAAGCUAAAUAAUUAUUAUUUGAAAAAUUUAUACAGUAAAACAAGACUUUAUAGAUAAAGCGUUUAUUCUCUGUGCAAGAAAGCCCAUCAGAUUAAAAACAAAAACAAAACAAACUAAGCUGCCUCGAUUAAUCUAAAAUAAGCAUCAAGCUGGAUAAUUAAGUGUGUGUGUCUGUAUUAAUAGUACGAUCUGUUUUAGAAGCCAGAUUUUCAAUGUUGCUUGGGUAGCUGUGUGAUAAAAACCGCUAUCAAGUAGAAUAACAAACAAGUUGAAAUGCAAACCAUUAAGACUCGACCUUGAUCUGGCAAAACGGAUCAAUCUUUUUUAUCUUUAUUUGCUUCUGCAUUAAAUAAACGCUCUCACAUGGUAGCUACCAACAGCAUAUUGGCACCCAGACAAGAUAUUUUCACCUUUUUCCCCAACUUCCUGAGUUGGAUAACUUUUUAUUAACUGGCACUGUAUGAGAAUGUGACUGUAAUAUUACUGUCCCAUAGAAUCAUAUCAGACUAUAAGUAGGGUUCUUUUGGAACAAACUGGGCCGAUCUGAAUUAAAUUCUGACCUGCAUAGCCGUACAUUACUCGGGUCUGUUUGACCGACAAAGUGCUGAGAGCUUGCAUUUGUAACCAGUAAAACCAAGUCUUACAUUAAUAUGGGUCAUGAGUAGGCC